AAACAGGUGGAGGAGGAGGUAACAGAGAGCAACAAAGAAAGGGAACUCCAGCGAGAGAGAAGCUCAUUUGCUUCAACCUAAGUUGAAAUAAAAGCAUGCAGAGUGCACCACAGGUUGGGAACAGAGCUGUUUCCGUUUCUUCCAGUAGCAUAAUGGCUUCAAUCAUUUUCAUAAAGGAUACAGGUAUUUUAUGUCUCCUCCUAUCAGGACUCCUGCUGCCUUCAGUAUUAGUGUCUGGGCAAAACACAACUGCAGACAUGAACACCACUUCUCCCACUACUGCCUCAGCAACAGUGACAACUGCCUCCAACACCUCUAUGACCCAGUUUCCAGACAUGAACACCACUUUGGCUGCAAGCAGUUCAGCAGUCACCCCUACUGAGAGCACCUAUUCCACUGCUUAUGGAGGUUCCAAUACAAGCACCACAUCAGAUUCUUCAAUGAAUAUGAUGUAUUGCCCUUCCUUCUCCUGUUAUUACUCCGAAUGCUACACAAUGUACAACAGUAAGAAUGCUUCAGCUUGUGUUUCUGGGCAAUCAUGUCAGCUGCUGAGAUCAAUGGACAUGUGGUACAAUGUGAGCUGCAGUGCUUUCUGUGCAGAAAGAUGCACUAACAUGUCUCAGACCAACUGUUCUGUGAACUGCUGUAAUUCCACUGGAUGCCUUAAUGGCAGUUUUGCAUCCAUGAUGAUGACAACCACAGUGGCUGCAACUACAACAACAAAAGCUCCCACAACAACCUCAACAACAGUAAACAACGGAAACAAAUGUUACAAGGGUACAUGUACUGGUGAAACGUGUUACAAAGAUUUUAAGAGUCAAACGCUUGAAACCUGCUCCUCCACACAGCCACACUGUCAGUUAAGAAAGGAGACCGCUGAAUUUUUUUGGACGGCGGGGUGCAGCAAUUGCACUGGUCAUACUGCCUGUAAGGACACCACAAAGACCCCAUGUAACCUGGAGUGCUGCACUGCCACCACAACCUCCUGCCUGAUGUUGAAUGGCACGCUAAAUGUCCCCUCUUUUGCCACAAGAGGUCCCUAUCUUCAUACAGAGUUAAUUGCUUCCUUGCUUUGUCUUCUUGCAAUCACUCUUCUUCUGUGAGUCAAUGAGCAUGCACCCAUUUCUAUAUGGGUAUCUUCAAGGGGUUCAUCUGUAAUUGUAUGAAUAUGAAAAUAUGGAAAGCAUCAGUUUCAAUGUUGAUUUUGCGUCGUGUUUCCUGCACUUCCAUUUCACAAUUAUUUCUGUUUAGAGACAAUCCAUGCAGCUUUGAACCCCAUUCACAUUUGAAUCUUGUUUAUAUGAGCAUGAAUUGCAUAUUAAACAAACAUUUCAGUAAAUUAUAGGUUAUAACUUUGGGUGUUAAAACGACUUGCAGCUUUGUUUUAGCUGAGACUUUGUCCAUUAAUUGAUAUUGAUUUAUUUGCACUGCCUUGCCUAAACGUUUCAUGGAAGAAAUAUUAUUGGAUGGGGGAGUGAGCCUGAAACAUGUCCAGUAUAGAUAAUAUAUCAAAUAAAAGUUAUUUUUGGAAUAAUGCAGCUUUAAUUUUAUUUGCACUUUAUUAAAUUUGUAACGCGCUGUUACAAGAAGUUGUGAAGGCUUGUUGCAGCAUUUCUUUUAGAUGUAACCUUCUUAACUUCAAUAUUCAGCUUCUUUUGUCUUAUAGUUAACUGGAUUUUGACUUAAAUGUCUGCACUGUGGGGUUUACUAAGUACAUAUUUUAUUUUCAAAGGGUGAUCUGUAAAUGCUAAAUGAAAUCAGAAAUGUGUCAAUUUAUUAUAGCUUUGUGUACAGUAUAAAUUUCAAAAAUUGUGCUUAAAAUGAAAUAAAUCUAAUCUCUGAUAAGUCUAAA